AAGAAGAAGAAGAAGAAGCUGAGCCGUAUUUUGUGGCCGGAAGUGAUGAGACCGUCAGCAGCAGUGGUUUUUAUUCCCCUUUGAAAGAAGCAGACUGGCCCAGAACCAGAACAGAACCAGACCAGAACCGGAACCAGAACCGAACGGAUGAGGAAGCGGAAGUAGCUGAGGAAGAUGAGUGAGAGCGGCACUCAGCUCUUUGCCCGUCUGGAGGACAGGCCCCGCCUGAAGGACAUUGAACCGGGGUUGUUCCCUGACGAUGGAGGAUCAGACCACGGUGAGGUGGUGGAGGUGUACGGUCCAGAAGGGACAGGGAAGACGGAGCUGCUCUACCACCUUCUGUGCCGCUGCGUGCUGCCAGAGGCGGCGGGCGGUCUAGAGGUGGACGUUGUCUUUGUGGACACAGACUGCAGCUUUGACAUGUUCCGGUUGGUCAGCAUCCUGGACAGUCGGCUGAACGCAGGUGUUUCCACAUGUCUGACAUCAUCAGAUGAUGGCGUACUGCGUUCCUGUCUAUCUCGCCUCCUGGUGGUCCGCUGCUGCUCCUCCUCACAGCUGCUCCUCACUCUUCAUUUCCUAGAGACCACCUUAUCUGCUCGACACAGUUUGGGGCUCGUACUCAUUGACAGCAUCUCUGCAUUCUAUUGGUCGGAUCGCAGUGAGGGCGGGACCAACAUGAUGAAGCAGGAGGAGAAACUCAGCAAAUGUUCUGAGCUCCUGGGACGACUGCUCAGGGACUACAAGAUCACCAUCUUUGCAACAUGCCACCCCAUCAGGAGAGGACCAUCCUCCUCAGCCUCUACCUCAGAACCAGAUCGGUCUCAUCUCUGUCGCUCCUGGCAGCGCCUGGUGACCCACCGGCUCGUCUGCUCCAGACAGGAAGCAGAGAAAAAGCUCUUCGCCACAGAAGGAGAGCAGAGGAGCAGGCAGGUCUUCAGGGUCCAUUGCUCCUCCCCCUCCUGGACCGGGACCAAGGGAUCCAGAAUCAGCACCUUCAUCGUGACAGACGGUGGACUGAAGUUCACCUAAACCGUUCGACCUCCUUCGUGUUAUUGUUGAGUGACGCCAGAGGUCGAUGCCCAUCUCUGUUAUCCACAGAUGAAUCCUUUCAUACCAAAGUCCAUUUUUAGUUGUGGUUCCUGUAGUGAUCCAGAUGUUUCUCUACAAUCAGACCUGAUUUUAUUUUGCUGUGUUCCAUCAGAAUAAAGCUGUUUGGUUUCCCG